AGACGCUCCGGAGUGCACAGCAUCUACUUCGCGACAGACUCGGGGUCCUGCUAUGUAGAGGUGGAGCUGGGAAGUGGGGUGCCACCAAACGGACAUCUGCAAUUUGCAAACCUCCCACCCGCCCGGAGCUCCUAGGACACAGGGAGGCAGCGAAGUGGCAGCCGUACGUUCCCCAGCUCUGCAGACCGGGUUCGAGACUCCCUGGCUGCACCUUCAGUACGGGGGUUUGGUAGGACAGGAGGGAAGCAUACUCGUCCCCCCACCCUCGGCGGGGCGAGGCGGGGCGGCGGCUGCGAGUGAGGCCGGAAGAGGUGUGGGUGCAGGGCGGGUCCCGCGCCGCCCCGCCCAGAGGACGGAGCCCCGGGCACAGCAUCCUGGCGCGGGCCGGACUGCCACAGCCACUGCCGUCGGGGAAGGUCCCAGCGCGGUCAUGGCCUCCCAAGGCGGCCGCCCCGCCUCAAGUUCGCAGCAUUCUGCACAGUAGCCCCCAGGAGAAGCCGCCUGGACGUCGGGGCCGGCCGGGGAAGCAGCAUGGAGGAGGCGCACCUGCUCUCGGCUGCCGACGUGCUGCGUCGCUUCUCGGUGACAGCCGAGGGCGGCUUGACCCUGGAGCAGGUGACCGACGCCCGGGAGCGAUACGGCCCCAACGAACUCCCUACUGAGGAAGGGAAAUCCCUGUGGGAGCUGGUGGUGGAGCAGUUUGAGGACCUCUUGGUGCGCAUCCUGCUGCUGGCAGCCCUGGUUUCCUUUGUCCUGGCCUGGUUUGAGGAGGGUGAGGAGACCACGACGGCCUUCGUAGAGCCCCUUGUCAUCAUGUUAAUCCUUGUGGCCAAUGCGAUCGUGGGAGUGUGGCAGGAACGCAAUGCUGAGAGUGCCAUUGAGGCCUUGAAGGAGUAUGAGCCUGAGAUGGGUAAGGUGAUCCGCUCUGACCGCAAGGGUGUGCAGAGGAUCCGAGCCAGGGACAUCGUUCCUGGGGACAUUGUGGAAGUGGCAGUGGGAGACAAGGUACCUGCUGACCUCCGCCUCAUCGAGAUCAAGUCCACCACACUUCGAGUGGACCAGUCCAUCCUGACAGGGGAAUCCGUGUCUGUGACUAAGCACACAGAUGCCAUUCCAGACCCCCGAGCUGUGAACCAGGACAAGAAGAACAUGCUGUUUUCUGGCACCAAUAUUGCAUCAGGCAAAGCCCUGGGUGUGGCUGUGGCCACAGGCUUGCACACAGAGCUGGGCAAGAUUCGGAGCCAGAUGGCGGCUGUGGAGCCCGAGCGGACGCCACUGCAGCGCAAGCUGGAUGAAUUUGGGAGGCAGCUGUCCCAUGCCAUCUCUGUGAUCUGUGUGGCUGUGUGGGUCAUCAACAUCGGACACUUUGCUGACCCGGCCCACGGUGGAUCCUGGCUCCGUGGGGCAGUCUACUACUUCAAGAUUGCUGUGGCCCUGGCUGUGGCUGCUAUCCCCGAGGGCCUCCCAGCAGUCAUCACUACAUGCCUAGCACUGGGCACAAGACGUAUGGCACGUAAGAACGCCAUUGUGCGGAGCCUGCCCUCUGUGGAGACCCUGGGCUGCACCUCAGUCAUCUGCUCUGACAAGACAGGGACACUCACCACCAAUCAAAUGUCUGUCUGCAGGAUGUUCGUGGUAGCUGAAGCAGAGGCAGGCGCCUGUCGUUUACACGAAUUCACCAUUUCGGGUACCACGUAUACCCCAGAGGGCGAAGUGAGGCAAGGGGAACAGCUUGUGCGCUGUGGGCAGUUUGAUGGACUUGUGGAGCUCGCAACCAUCUGUGCACUCUGCAAUGAUUCUGCACUGGACUACAAUGAGGCCAAGGGUGUGUAUGAGAAGGUAGGAGAGGCCACAGAGACAGCCCUGACUUGCCUGGUAGAGAAGAUGAACGUGUUUGACACAGACCUGAAAGGACUGUCGCGGGUCGAGCGCGCUGGUGCCUGCAACUCCGUCAUCAAGCAACUCAUGCGGAAGGAGUUCACCCUCGAGUUCUCCCGGGACCGGAAGUCCAUGUCUGUGUACUGCACACCCACUUGUGCUGACCCCAAGGCCCAGGGCAGCAAGAUGUUUGUGAAGGGAGCUCCUGAGAGUGUAAUUGAGCGCUGCAGUUCAGUCCGCGUGGGAAGCCGAACAGUACCCCUGAGCGCCACCUCCAGAGAGCAUAUCCUGGCUAAGAUCCGAGACUGGGGCUCAGGCUCUGAUACAUUGCGCUGCUUAGCACUGGCCACCAGGGACACACCCCCAAGGAAGGAGGACAUGCAACUGGAUGACUGCAGUCAGUUUGUACAGUACGAGACAGGCCUGACCUUCGUGGGCUGCGUGGGCAUGUUAGACCCACCGAGACCAGAGGUGGCUGCCUGUAUCACACGCUGUUCUCGGGCGGGCAUUCGAGUGGUCAUGAUCACAGGGGACAACAAAGGGACAGCUGUGGCCAUCUGCCGCCGACUUGGCAUCUUUGGGGAUACGGAGGAUGUGUUGGGCAAGGCUUACACGGGCCGAGAAUUCGAUGACCUCAGCCCAGAGCAGCAGCGCCAGGCUUGCCGCACCGCCCGAUGCUUUGCCCGUGUGGAACCCGCACAUAAGUCUCGCAUCGUGGAGAACCUCCAGUCCUUUAAUGAGAUCACCGCCAUGACUGGCGAUGGGGUGAAUGAUGCACCAGCCCUGAAGAAGGCAGAGAUCGGCAUCGCCAUGGGCUCAGGCACUGCUGUGGCCAAGUCGGCAUCGGAGAUGGUUCUGUCUGAUGACAACUUUGCCUCCAUUGUGGCUGCAGUGGAGGAGGGCAGGGCCAUCUACAACAACAUGAAGCAAUUCAUCCGCUACCUCAUCUCCUCCAAUGUUGGCGAGGUUGUCUGCAUCUUCCUCACAGCAAUUCUGGGCCUGCCCGAAGCCCUGAUCCCUGUGCAGCUGCUCUGGGUGAACCUGGUAACAGAUGGCUUACCUGCCACAGCCCUUGGCUUCAACCCACCCGAUCUGGACAUCAUGGAGAAGCUGCCUCGGAACCCCCGGGAGGCUCUCAUCAGCGGCUGGCUUUUUUUCCGCUAUUUGGCUAUUGGAGUGUACGUAGGCCUGGCUACAGUGGCUGCCGCCACCUGGUGGUUCCUGUAUGACGCUGAGGGACCGCAAGUCACCUUCCAUCAGCUGAGGAACUUCCUGAAGUGCUCUGAAGACAAUCCACUGUUUGCCGGCAUCGACUGCGAGGUCUUUGAGUCACGCUUCCCCACGACCAUGGCCUUAUCUGUGCUUGUGACCAUUGAAAUGUGCAACGCCCUUAACAGCGUUUCAGAGAACCAGUCACUGCUGCGUAUGCCACCCUGGCUGAACCCUUGGCUGCUGGGGGCUGUGGUCAUGUCCAUGGCCUUGCAUUUUCUCAUCCUUUUGGUGCCGCCUCUGCCCCUCAUUUUCCAGGUGACCCCACUGAGUGGUCGACAGUGGGGGGUGGUGCUUCAGAUGUCUCUGCCUGUCAUCCUGCUCGACGAGGCCCUCAAGUAUCUGUCCAGGCAUCACGUGGAUGGUGUUCUUGAGACAUUUUUGCAGGCUUGGUGUAAGCCCAUUUCCAGGACCUCAUGCCACACGGGAAAAAAAGGACCUGAAGUAAAUCCUGAGAGCAGAGGGGAGUCUCCAGUGCGGCCCUCGGACUGA